AUGACAGACGAUAACACGAACGUGAAGAAGCGGAAGUCGAAGUGGAUUACUAACAUGACCGCGGCACAAGCAGACAAAAGACUAGGAUUUCGAACGGAAGAACUCAAAGCGAUUUCGACUGCGAGAAUGUUGGCAGAAGCCAAGUAUAAGCCUGGAGGGAUGGCAUCUCGAAGGCCAAGGAAAAGGUACUUCAACGAGGCCAAUGUUAGCGACUUUGUUCUCUACAUUAUUGGUCCUAUACUCUCGGGUUUCAGACGCAAGACGGGAUGGAAUGUACGUUUACGGAGGGAGAAAGAGAUCAUUUCCAUGGACGGUGAGGAAUUUGUCGUUGUGGACCUGGUUUCUGUGGCAGAGGAGCAGUUUGUCCUCAUGGUUGAGGGAAAGAGAUCUUCUCUAGGACAGGCUGAGAGACAGCGUUUGCUAUCGUUGAAGGAUAUGGGAGAUAAAAAUGGCGGAGGUGAGGUGUAUGGUUUCACUACAACAGGAGAGAGUUGGCGGAUGUUUAAAUACGAUGGUGUAUCGUUUUGGAAGACAGAGAAGAUGGAUGUAGUAUUCGAUACAAUGGACGAUGAUAAGGAGAGAUGGAUGAAGGACUAUUCAAUCCUGGUGGAUUGCAUUUAUGUCGCGUUGAGCAACGGAGGCAUUGUGAAGAAGGAUGUGGUCGUCAGAGGAUAA